CGGCAUUGCCAACAUAAAAGUGUUAUUCUGAUUUGUUAUCUGUAUUAUAAAUGUAGCCAAGGAUUGGUUACUUAUUUUUAUUAUCUGUGUCUCUCUCUUCUCCAACUAUGGCCGCCAUGAGCGGGUGCUAUUUUAUAUUGUAAUUGUGAAAGUACAAUAAACCAGUGAAAAUAACCAGCCUCCUUUUUAAUGAUACAGUCCAACUAAGUAAUAAACUCAACAUGGUCCUAUCUCACCGUUUAUUAACAUCGUGAGUACUUUCGCCGAGACACUUUCGCCCGGCAACAUGGUGGCACGCAUGGUGCACGAGCUGUCUACACGCCGUUCUCACAGCGGAAAGGAGCGCCAUUAAUAUUUAUAGUAGCCGAAUUGUCGCACGUUCAGUGCUAUACGUCGUGCACUCAACAUCGAGCUACACAACCCAAGAACUGACCUGGUGCACGUGCAGUCUGGACGCCGUGCACUCGGCCUCAUCGAGCUACGUGACGCUAUCACCGAAUUGGUGCACGUGCAGUCUGCACGCCGUGCACUGCGGACUCAUCGAGCUUCGAAUCGUAAUCCUCGACAAGAUACACGUGCAGUCUACACGCCGUGUGCUCGGAAAAUUUAAAUACGUGACGUGAUUAACAAACUGAUACACUUGCAGUCUACACGCAGUGUAGUCAUCAAUUUGAACUACGCAUCGUAAUUUAUUUAAGACCUGACCUGUGGUACGUGCAGUCCAGUACGCCGUGCUCUCAGCAGGAUAGGACAUGGAACUAACUGAUUUGCAUUGACUUUAAAUAUUUUAAUAGUGACAAUAGUGUUUUAUAGACAUUACAGUAAUUAAUUUAGAUUGUAUACUGUGUGCUGUGAAGCAAUGAGUAAUUUGAGUGGAAUGUCGCUGGCGGACCUUGUGGCCGGGAGGGGCUACGUUAAGGCCAAAAUUUCAAGAACUUGUAACUCAGUGAAGAUAACUGAUUCAAAUGAGAUGUUACUAAAUCAAAAAACUAGAUUAUUAGAAGCAUUCAAAGAAUAUGAAGAUUACAACAUAAACAUACUAAAGUUAGAAUCUAAUGACACUGAACCUAUUGAGGAAUAUGAAAAUAAAUACUUAAAUGCAUUAACAAUUAUUGACGAAGAAAUCAACAGACGCAAUGCCCACUCUCCCUCCACGAGGCCCGAACAGGUGGUAAAAUUGCACCAGCCUAUCAAGUUACCACCCAUAGACAUACCUUGCUUUAGUGAUGCCUACACAGCCAGAGCAUAUCACAUGGAGCGGGACGCUGACACAGACCCAACAAUGGAAGGCUUCCUUGACUACCUAGAGAGGCGUGCACUGGCCUUAGAAAAUGCUGAACCAGGGACAUCGGGACAACCUCGCUACUUGCCUGCUAAUAAGACUGUACUAAUAGCAACUGAAAAAACGCUGCAGUGUGAUUUAUGCAUUGAUACUAACGGGUCCAGCAUACCAGCCAUCGAAUCACCAGCAGGCGACUGGCAGCGAACAGGGGAAGAAUGCAGCUCGAUCGCAGUUUGA